AUGGGACUUCGACAAGGGGAUCCACUAUCACCCGCGUUAUUUGUGAUUGGGGCGGAGGUUCUUUCUAGGGUUUUAAACAACCUAAUAGUUCAGGCUGGCUUUCAGGGGUUCAAAGUUUCGUGUGGGUGCCCUCCAGUAACGCAUCUGGCCUUCGCUGAUAACAUGCUGAUAUUUGCUAAUGGUUCUGCUCGAGCCUUACAGAAUAUCAUUCGGGUGUUGGACUUGUACCAAAAAUCAUCGGGUCAGCUGGUGAAUGGGCAAAAGAGUGGAUAUGUGGUCCAUCCCUCCGUCUCAGUGGCCCGACAGAGGGUAAUUGAGCGUAUCACUGGCUUCCCGAGACAGCAGGCGCCCUUUCGCUACUUAGGGUUCCCUCUGCAUUUUGGAAAGGGUAAGGCCUCUCAUUAUGGAGAGGUGGAGUAUAGUGCGGGGUCAUCGGAUACCUGGAAACGGUUGGUCAAUGUGAGCCGACAAGCGGAGUUAUCUAUGCGGUGGUUGGUAUAUGCGGGAACUUGCGACUUCUGGUAUGACAACUGGCUGGGUACUAGAGCUCUCUUCCAUAAAGCUUCGGUCAACGGGGCUUUGUCAUUUAGGGACUUUCUUACAGAUGGGAGGUGGAAUUCAUUGUUACUUGCUCAAUAUUUUCCAAGUGACAUUACGGCUAUGAUCUUACAGCAUCCAACCCCUGAGGGUGAGCGGCCAGACGAGGUUGUGUGGAUGCCAACGACAUCCGGACAAUUCUCCUUAUCCUCCGCCUUCCAAGAGGUAAGGCAAUCUCGGAACGCUUCUUGGCUCUUUUCUCACAUUUGGCAUCCCCAGAUUCCAUUAAAGGUGUCCUUCUUUAUGUUAAGUCUACUGUUGAGGAGGCUUCCGCUGGAUGACAUCUUGGGUAAGUUUGGUGUCCAAAAUCUGUCAAAAUGCUUUUGUUGCCUUACGGCUGAAGGGGAAUCUAUUGAGCAUAUUUUUGCAACGGGACAACUAGCGAUGGCAAUUUGGGAUUCCUUUGGGGCCACUUGUGGAAUAUUUUUGCCUCAAGUUCCACUGCGCGAUAGACUGGUUGCUUGGUGGCUUUCCACGCAUUCUGAUCCUCAGAGAUGA